AUGGAUUCUUACUGGACAUACGCUAUGUACGAUAGUUUUCAUGUAUCUGACGAGAAUGGCAAUUAUACCUUGACGGUUGAUACAUUCACCGGUGGAGCAGAAACAGGUGACUCGAUGAUAGAGCACAAUGGAAUGCCAUGGUCAACAUAUGACAAUGACAACGACAAUGCCGAGGGCAACUGCGCAGUGAUCUACCAUGGAGCGUGGUGCUUGUACUUUUUUACCCAGUCUCACGCUCAAGUACUCUCGCGUUCCUCUGGGUUUUCCCAAUCCGCUGGAUCCAACAUUGCUCUCAAGAACCAUCUACUUCGGAGUCUAAAACGAGUUAGAUCGCCUGCAAGAUGCUUGGCCAACUGCCUCCGCGAACCGGAAUGUGUUGCCGUGAAUUACAAGGAUGUAUCGGGUAUAUGCGAGCUGAUUGAUGGUACGAAGACCGAGUACCCCAGAGAUGUAAAGGAGGAGUCUGGAUGGAUGUACUACGAGCUGGAGACCAAGACAAAGGCAGCUCCUGUUCUCAUGGCAACCGAAGCAUCAACAACUAGAACUCUGACACAUGAGACACUGCACUCAACUACUGCUGAUCCAAGACCCAAGGAUUGCUGGGACCAUUUCCAGAAUGGGCAAAGAUCAAGCGGUAUCUACACCAUCUAUGUCAAAGGCAGGUCGGCGGGACUUGAUGUAUACUGCCAAAUGGACCAUUACGGUGGCGGAGGAUGGACGAAAAUCCAGAACCGUGAAGAUGGCAACGUUGAGUUUUAUCGUAGCUGGACCGAGUACAAAACUGGAUUUGGGAAUCUGUACGGGGAGUUUUGGUUGGGGUUGGAGAAUAUUCAUCUUUUGACGAGCCAAGAUGUCUAUCAACUUCGAGUAGUGCUCUUGUUUGAUAAUAAUUACUGGACAUAUGCUAUGUACGAUAGUUUCCAUGUAUCUGACGAGAAGGACAAUUACACCUUGACGAUUGGUACAUUUACCGGUGCCACACAAGCAGGUGACUCGAUGAUAGAGCACAAUGGAAUGCCAUGGUCAACAUAUGACAAUGACAACGACAAUGCCAAUGGCAACUGCGCAGUGAUCUACCAUGGAGCGUGGUGGUACAACGAUUGCCAAACCUCCAACUUAAACGGGCCCUAUCGGAGUUACAGAAACCUGGGUAUCAAUGAAAAAGGAGUUACUUGGGAAAGUUGGACUGGAAAUCGUUUUUCGUUAAGAGAUGUGGACAUGAAAAUAAAACCGCAGAGUGCCGGUCAUGAGGAUAUUUACUGA